AUGGACAUUCCUCUAGUAUCGCGUCCCGAUUUGAUGUGUCCAAUGUGUCGCACGAAUGUUAUCGCGAUACUCCCAGUUUUGCCUGAUGAUGAAGGAUUAUUUAUGAGGAAGUGGCUUGCUGAUCAAUCAUCGAUAAAUCUGCUUAACAAUUCUUGUAUUUCGAUGUUGACCGAUCCUGCCAAUCUGAAUUUCAAAGAUAAAAUUAAUGCUUGCGUGGAGUCUCCUGUUCUAGAACCAUAUAUCCACGCCUACAAGCAUUUUUCAACUAGUAUUGGUGAUGCUUGGAUAAAGCUUCUUGAAUAUCAUGAUGUGACUAGCUGUUUGCUGACAAUUUAUAAUUGCGAUUUUGCGCUAUCUCUAGCAAGAUCCAACUGUGAACAUGAUGUUAUGUUGUCUGAACUUAAUAAUACCACAAAAACUUUCAAAAGAAGUCCUACAGAGCUUUUACUUCAUCAAGUUCGUUUGAUGGAGCAUGCGCACAUUAAAGGAACAGCGAAACUCUGGAAAUGGCUAACUCUUGGUUUCGAUUUUGAUGAUUUUGAUCUGAAUAGUUUGGAAAAUACAUUAAUAUUCAAUACGAAAAUAACAGAUGAUCAGCCGUGCAGUUCAACGACCUCAGCGCAAGAACAAAUGAAUAUACAAGAUGAGGGUAGUCGUUUUCCAUUUGUAUUAUUUGAUGUGAAGGCCGCUUUAAUUCGUAUUUGCUUCUAUAUAAUGCGCGACAUUUGGUGUUCUUUUCAGGUAAAAAAAGAAUUGUUUUCUAUUGUUUACAAGAUUUUGCUUUUUGUUGCUAUAGUUCGUGCUUCAAUAUUUAUCGCUGUUCGUCUCCCUUUACCUCAAGCAAAGUGUUUAAUAAAAGUUGAUCCGAAAAAAUUUGCCUCAGGUGGUUGGAAAAAUAUAUUUUCUUUUGUGGCUAUUUCUGUAAUUCAGCGACUUUUCUCUCGUCCCCAUGUUAUAACAGAAGAUCUUUUGAUGCAAAAUACGAAUGAAAUAAAUAUUUUGGAUGCGAUUGAUGGUGUUUGUACAGAUAUUUCUCGAUUUACUGCGCAGUUAUGGCAUGAAUUUCGUAUUAAAAUACUUCCCACUGAAAUGCAAUUAGGCUGUACGAACUUUUUGGAUAUGCAUUUCUUUCUUACGGAUAAUGCCUCCAAAUUUGUGCUCUCUCGAUGUCACCGUUUGAUGAUAUGUGAACCGUUUAAAUGGCAGCGCUUAAUUCUCUUGGAAUUACCGCCCAGCUAUGAUACAGUAUUUAGCUAUUUCUUUGGUCGAGCAUGCAUUCUUUGUUCUAGUGCUCCAAAAAAUCCUAUGGUUUGUAUGCUGUGUGGGCGCCUUGUUUGCCUUGACCAUUGUUGUACAUCUAUGACUCCUGGUAGAAUAUCUUACGAACAUACAGAAGUUUUACGACAUGCUUACGAAUGUGGAUCCGGGAAUUGUUGUUUUUUGUCAAUCAGUACAUCCCUAAUAAUUAUUGUAAAUCAUGAGAAAACUGCGAUUUGGGGUUCCGUUUACCUGGACAAACAUGGUGAAGAGGAUCGAAAUUUGAAGCGUGGGAAACCAUUAUAUUUGUCUCAUCGUCGUUAUGCUCGUCUUUGUGAUGAAUGGCUUCACCAAAGUUUUAAUCAUAGAAAUUCGAUUGUAUUUUUUGGCAACGAACAUUUAGCAGCAUUUCUUCGUGAUUCAAAUGCAGUUGAAUGA